UUUCAUAGGGAGCUGGGGUAAACGGAAGUAGAGACGAGCUACGAGUUGACCUAAACAUGGCGCCCUUGAUGGAUUACAAAAUUAGCGACGCUAUGUUAUAUUUUUUUACUUUGCGAUCAAAAUCGAAGUUUUUAACAUGUGCACUGAUGUUGACCUUUUAUUUGACGUCGCAGGCAGCCUUGGCCAAACCAAGUAGCCUCAAAGAAAUCACAGACGGAAAUUGGGAAGACAUCUUGGCUGGAGAAUGGAUGAUUGAAUUUUUUGCCCCCUGGUGUCCAGCGUGCCAGCAGCUUCAGCCUGUGUGGAAUGAAUUUGCAGACUGGGGGGAAGAUAUGGGGGUCAACAUAGCGAAGGUGGAUGUUACUGAACAACCGGGUCUGAGUGGGCGGUUCAUCAUCACUUCCCUUCCAACGAUCUACCACUGUAAGGAUGGUGUGUUCCGGAGGUACCAGGGGGCUCGCACCAAGGAUGACUUCCUAAGCUUCGUUGAUGAGAAGAAGUGGCAGGGAAUUGAGCCGGUGUCUUCCUGGUUUGGGCCAUCUUCUUUCAUGAUGAAUACAAUGUCGGCUCUCUUCAAGCUGUCGAUGUUCAUCAGGCGUUGCCAUAACUACCUGACAGAGCAGUUGGGGGUUCCGGUGUGGGGCUCGUAUGUCAUCUUUGGACUGGCAACGCUGGUUUCCGGCCUGGCCCUGGGAUUGAUCCUGGUGUUCAUAGCCGAUUUUGUUUUCCCUUCACGGCGGCUUAACUCCCCCCACUACUACAAGAAGAAACAGGCGAUGGAACAAGCCAGGCUCAUUCAAGAGCUCGAGGAAGAGCUGGAGGCAGACGGAGAGGAGGAUGACGAGGACGAAGAUGGAGAACAGGUGCCUUCCUGGAGGAGGGGGAGAGUGUCCCCUGAGGGCCACCCUGAGGUCAGGGGGCCGGGUUACCCAGAGGAAGCCCUGCGAAAGAGGGUGCUGGGCAACCGUGAAGGCCAUGAGGAGGACGAGGACUCCUAAAGGCUGGGAGGUGAACUGCAGUUGGCCCAUGGGAGACGCAGCCAGAACAUGGAAGGUGUAUUUAUAAAGCACUUCAGAAUAGGAGCACUGAUCUAGAAUCAGUUUUGCCUUAAAUGUAAUGAUUACAAGUAUGUGGACAGGGAGAACUGAUCCUAGAUCAGCACUCCUACUCUGAUUGCUUCAUGAAUAUGGGACCUGCUCCUGAGCAGCGCUAGAGUUUAUUGCAGAUUGCUUACAGAGCCCUGGUAAUGUCCCGGUAAUGCCUUGCUUCCUUUAUUCUCCCUCUGCUGCACCGGGAUCGCUCUGGAAACAGUUGUCCGCACUGCUCUCACAACAACAGCACCCGCUCCUGGACUGGAGGUGCUAAUGCUACUGUACACUCCCAACAGCAGGGUCCUGUUCAUUGGGUUUCAAUAGAAGAGGUGCUGAAACAAUGAGGAUUUAUCUGGUUUAAUACAAAAAGCAAAUUCUCUGUUUUCUGUUGCAAAAUGUUUUAAAGACAUUUUCCAUUGUGUGCCCCAAUGAACAGGAGCCUCUUUUGUUUUUAAGCUGAUCAAUUGGCUGAGGUUUAAGUGUGGAGGGCCAGUUUGUUUUGCUUUACAGUGUAUGCAUUUCUGGUUUGAUUGCAUUUCUUCUUGAACCUUACUCCCUGUUUAGCAGACCAUAAGAUGGCUUGUGUUUUUGAGCAUUGUAUUAUAUUUGCCAUCUAAUAUAUAUAUAUAUAAUUUCCUCCUUUUCACUUUUUUUGUACCUCAAAUCCUAUUCUUUUCAUCAGUCUUCCUUGACAGGCCGUGCAUCCACCCAAAGUGAUUUAUUUCUUGGUUAAUUAAUGAGGUGUGACAGUUGAGAAUGAAUUGUCUUACCUAUUUAAAUAAAUACUCUAGUUUGUGGAUGCACAAUACACGGCACUCCAUAGUGCUUUGAAAAUAUGAAUCAGUCAUUUUACAACCUAAUGAUGUGCAGUGCUGUUGACAUGCUUUUAUACAGGAUCCUAUGAUCAACGUUCUUCAGUACACAGACCCUUGUGUUUUUCAUUUGAUCUCUAACAGAAUUCACACCAAGAUGUCUAUUUUUGCAGUGCAUUUGUCGCCCUAUAUGAUCCUUCUACAAGACUACAGUUUAUCUGUUGGUCGGGAACAGUUCAACUGUUGCUUGCCUGGUGUUUGUGUGUUUAAAGGGUUGUGGUGAUAACCCUUCCUGGUGACUGUUGUUCAAUAUGGAUUUUUAGAUGUAACUAGUUGGAGUUGUGAGCGUUAGGCCUAACGGGUGUGGCCACAGCCCCGAUUGGGUGCACUGAUGUUGUGCUGUAAAAUGUAAAUGACCUUGUUUUGUCAAUCUCCACUGUAAAGUUGAUGUCCAUCCCUUAGCAAAGCUGGUAGUGGAAGGUACCUAGGUUGUAUUGUGUUGCGUUUACAUGUGUGUGUGAUGGUCUUCCCUUUGAAUAAUAAUUAAUUAUGAAUUGGUCAUUUGAUGUCUUGCCAGUCAGCCAUCAGACAAACCACGCUGUGGAUACUACCUUUUAUACAAUAGCCAGGCCAAAGCUCUGUGUUCUACUGCCUCCUCUUAGGAUUGUUCUGGUUCAUCUAUUUUUAAUUAACUGUGGCAACAAAUGGCCCAUUCUAGUUCCCCUGUUUUUAGUCUUUUAAAUAUGUUUUUUCAGGUAUUUGAACCCACUGAUUUCUCUUGGCCCACUCCCCUCUGUUUAUUUUUUUGCUGUUAGACCCGUUCCUUGAACCCACAGACUUUCCUUGGCCAUUCCCCUCUAUUUAAGGCAGUAUAGCACUAAUGGUUAAAACCAGUUCACAUAUUCAUGAAACGUCUCUGAAUAGAAGCCCGGAUCUGAAUGCCUUUUAAAUCAUACAAAUUGAUACAAUAACAUGCUGAUACGUUUGUGAGUUUUAAGUUAGACCUAUGGUUAUGCAUUUUCAAAAUGGGCAGUAGAACAACUAACAACUGCUGUUCAAACCUUUAAAGGCAUUGUGAAGUUUUUGUGCUCAUAGAAAGAAGUUCAAUUUUAAUUUGGAUCAUCUAACCAACCAUCUGCAUUUUACAGAUAAUGUUUAUUUAGGUAAAUAGGUAUUCACACAAAGCAAAUACCUCUGUUUUUGUUUCGUCUAACAAAAAGGUUUUGGUUAAGUAGCCUUGUGGUUAACCGUUCACCAACUGACUGCUGGUUCAAAUCUGAGAGCCAUGAGGCGAUCUGAGCUGUUGAAUAAGGCAGUUAGCCCAAAUUUGCUCCGGUGUCGUCUUCAGUAAUCCUUGACCAUAAACCCGCUCUCCGAAGAUGAAUCAGGGAGUUUGGAUAUGCAAAAGACAUGCAUUUCACAUGAACAUACUUGUUUGGGGAAACAAGUUAAAGACACACUCUAUUUGCUCAUCUGUGUUAAUGCCAUGUUUAGUGAUUAUUAACUGGUUGCUUUGUAUCCUAGUUGCGGGUUGGUUGACAGCUGUGGUAUAUCACCUGUACACCACAGGUGUGAUGUCACUUAACUGUUCUAGUGGCUUUGGUAACCAGUUAAUAAUUGCAAUUAGACGUCUCAGGGGUUUGUGGUUUAUUGGCAGUAUACCAAUGCUAAGUGCUGUGUCUAGGCACUCCGCAAUGUGUCGUGCCUACAAAAAAGGUUUUAGCUGUGGUGAAUUGGCCAUAUACCAAACCCUCUUCUAUUAUUGCUUAAUUAAAUAACGCUGUUGUCCCUAUUCAUGACUUAGUCUCUUUCACAUUGUAGGCUUUUUUCUUUAAGCUAUUUCUUUACAUCAACAGACAAACAAACCUAAAUAGUGGAAGCGUUUUUUUUUUGACUGGUUUGAAAUCUAUAACUCAUGCAUCCUUCAGGUGAAGUUACCUCAGACAAAACUCUAUGUUGCUAAUGGUGAAUUAUUCCCUACAUAGUGCUUAAGGUUUGACCAGGACCCUGCCAGGUAGUGCCCUGUAUAGGUCUACUUGGGUCUGCCUGUAUAGGGGACUACUGGUGACUCCAUGUAAUGGUAUGUAGGACACUGAGACAGAUACUAUGACCUGUGUAAACAAGAUCUCUUUAAAUAAAGAAGCAACUCAUGUUUGAAUGCA